AUGAGUCGAGCUGUAGCCGCACGCGGGCAGCCGCGGCAACGGGGCGACGUCUGGCAACGCCGGGCCGGGGAGGGCCCCGCCCCCUCUAGGGCCGCGGCAGGAGGGCCUCCCAACCCGCCGGGGCGGCGCGGCGGCGGUCUGCCGGCGGCGCAGCCCCUCUGCCCCCGCCAGACGAGAGCCAUGCACGGCGACCAGAGCCGCCUCAUCCGCGAGGUGCGGCUGCGCCCGGCGCUGUACGACGCCUCGCACCCCCGCUACAAGGACCAGGCGUGCCGCGACCUGCUGUGGGCGGAGGUGGCUGGCGCCGUCGACCUGCCAGCUGAAAUGUGCCGGUUGCGCUGGAAGAACCUGCGCGACAGCUACCGCAAGGAGAAGCAGUUUCAGCUGCAGGGCGCUAGCGGCGCCAGCAAGCGCAAGAGGCGCUACCCGUGGGUGCACACCCGCGCCAUGGCCUUCCUGGACGGCGUGGCGCAGGCGCCGUGCCCCUCGCCCGCGCGACACCCCUCCCAGGAGUCCCCCGAGGGGGAGGCGGUCGACUGCAAGCCGGUCCUCCCUCCCGACGUACCCCCACCUGCGGCCGCCAAGUGUGCGCAGUCGCAGCUCGGCGCUGCCGCCGGACACAGCGAUGCGGUGGAGGAAUUUGCUAACUCAUAUGAUGAAGACUUACAUUUCUGUAUGAGUCUCCUAGGACCUUUAAGAAGACUGAGCAAUGAACGGAAACUCAAUACAAAAAUCAAGAUUUAUCAGCUACUUGCAAGAGAAGAGUUUGGUCACCAGAAUUUUUAAUUGUCAAAAACAAAAGACAUAAAAUAUAUUGGUUUUUGUUUUUUAUUUUCAUUCGCCUUGAUACAUGCUUCCUAAAACAUGUAGUCUAAUUUGUAAAUACUUAUGUAUAUUUUGUGGAAGAAUAAUUUGUGUGUGCAAAAAAAAAUAUUUAAA